AUGUGUUGACAACCAUGACCCACACGGGGGCGCUGUCAGACAGUAGUCCGAGGAUAGUGCCUCGGUUCCGGCUGCAGCAGCGGGAUCCCCCCCCCUGUUCCUCCCGGAAGUCCGCGGAUUUUUUUUAAACUAUUUUCUAAGUGUUUAUGGAUCCAUGCGUGCGCAAGGAUGAUUUUUAAGGUUUGUAUCCGAAUAUAGGUGCCUCUAACUGGGCCGUGAUGAGCGAAUUUACCCGUGUUUACCUCCUGGAAGUCCGCGGAUUUUUUUUAAACUAUUUUCUAAGUGUUUAUGGAUCCAUGCGUGCGCAAGGAUGAUUUUUAAAGUUUGUAUCCGAAUAUAGGUGCCUCUAACUGGGCCUUGAUGAGCGAAUUUACCCGUGUUUACCUCCUGGAAGUCCGCGGAUUUUUUUUAAAACUAUUUUCUAAGUGUUUAUGGAUCCAUGCGUGCGCAAGGAUGAUUUUUAAGUGGAAUACAUCGCGGGAUAUUGGCAGCAUCUCAAAGGCUCCCGUGGUCUGAGGAAAAGGAUCGAAAAUCAAAGAUCCAAAGUGGGUAGAAUCAUGGCUUUCCUUUCGUUUCUAACCGAGGGCCAGACAAUCUUCCAAAAUUGGACUUUCCUUUCCAAUAUGUCCAAGAUAUACCAAGCAUCUGCAGAAUGGUGGAAAAGCGGAGAACACAGUGAAGAUCUACCUGGUGAAUUUGUCCCAGUUCAUGGUCUACUUCAGGGACACUCCUCCAUGUACGUCCAGGGUUCCAAGAAGAGAAGUGUUUGCCGUGAUUCGUGCUAUCUCAGAGUGUAUUGCCAGCCUGGCUCCAUGUGUAGUCAUGCGUCAGAUAAGUGUGAAGAAAAAGAAGUUGAGCAGAACAAUCUCCAAACAUCAGCUUCACCUCUGUAAAGUCCAGGCCAGGAGACGCAUCCCUAAACUUCUUGACGGACUGUCUGAGGACCCCAACCCGGAGGCGCGAAGAAUGUUUUUUGGCUAUCUAAGUGUUUACCUAGCAAGCCUGUAUGGACACCGCACCGGUGUUCUAAAGAAUAUGACUGUGUCAGAGGUCGAUGAGGCCCAGCAGGAAGCCACCGUCGGGCAAGCGGGCUUUGUGAUCAAUGUGAAGGAACACAAAACCAACCGUGCGUUUGGCCCCGCACAGCUCUACUUAACUGUAGAGGAAUUCUCAUGGGUGGAGCAGUGGAUGAUCAUCAGACAGAAACUAAACCCACCCACAGACCUUCUUCUCUUCACCGAAAACUUCACAAAAAUCGAGAAACUCAUCGUGCCGAUGCAAGCCGCCUGGCUUGACAUGGGAUUUCCUGGGCGCCCUACAUUCACAGAUUUCCGGACAUCAAUAGCCACAUACGCAAGGAAUACUUUGUCACCAAGUGACCGGAUCAACAUUUCAAAGACCAUGUGUCAUGACACACGGACAGCAGACAAAUUCUACGCGCUCCACCGCACCGCGUCAGAGCUGGCUGAGAUCCGUCAGAAUUUCGAGGCAGCCGUCAAGCCACCACAUACUACGGUACAUGACACCGCCGAACCUUCCCUCCUCUCCAUGUCAGAAUCAUCAGGUGAUGGUCUUGAGGAGGAAGCGGACUGCGGGCCCUCACACAGCCCCCCUGCCGGUCCUUCGCCGUCCUCACCAACAUCCAGUCGGGCCACUGGAUCAACAAGCCCUGAUCAAGCUUCUGGGAGCUGCUACAGUCCAGGCAGCGCCUCUUCUCAAAGCUGUUCUUCUGGGAGCGACUUCACGCCUGAUAGCGCCUCUUCUCAAAGCUGUUCUUCUGGGAGCGACUUCACGCCUGAUAGCGACCCUUCUCAGAGCGAUUCUUCGUAUGCCCCAAAUAGAGGGACACAACCCAGAAGGAAAAGACCAUUGUUAACCUACACGUUGAGAAGUAGACGUCAAGUGCGCGGUCAAUGUGCACGUGUGCUCAGAUCCAAACGAAAUACAGUAAAAAAAUAAAAAAAAUUUAAAUAAAUCAGUGGUGAUGUGA